GGGAUCCCAAGAACAUGUGAGAGAGUUGUCGUUCCUUCCAUAAGAGCACUGACAUUCAGACUUGCGUUAUAUACAUAUACGUUCGGUUCACAAAAUAGGCAUUUCAGUGAUAACAAUGAAGAUAUAUUUCUGCGGAAGCAUAAGAGGAGGCCGACAGGAUGCUGAAAUAUACGAACGUCUAAUUGAUAAGCUUCAAACUUACGGAGAAGUCCUUACAGAACACGUAGGCUCGAAAGAUGUUGAAAAAAAUGAGAUAGAUGUGAGUGACGAGUACAUACACGAUCGAGAUGUUCGGUGGCUGGAAGAGAGUGAUGUGGUGGUAGCCGAGGUAACCCAGACCUCUAUUGGAGUCGGGUACGAGAUCGGACGAGCCGUUGCCAUGGGCAAGAAAAUACUGUGUCUCUACAGACCUUCGCCUGAUAAACGUCUUUCUGCCAUGAUAUCUGGGGCUCACAAUGGCACCACAUUUGUCGUAAAAAAUUACACCGAAGAAGAGGCGGAGCAAAUAUUUAAAGACUUUCUCACAUAAACGUUCAGAAGUCAAAUAGUGUGAACGAACCCGAGAUUUGUCGGUCGACGUCAACAGAUUUUUUUCUCGCGACAAAGCUGUGUUUACACGGGAGUAACAUUUUCUAAUAACAUACAUUGGUUAUGCACAACUAUACAUAAUUUAUAACAAGGUAUGUAUCGGUCAAUGAGUGUCGGACACAAUUUGCAUUAUACAAGUAUUAAACUGAUAACAAUUGUAAGUCUGUUAACAGCUUAUAUUUCUCAUUAUACGCAUGUUUUACCCAAUAAAUAAAGAAACUGAAA